AUGGUGCUCUCGCAGAAGUUUCUGCAGUUGGUGCGCUCCAUCGCUGUUUUUGCCUGGGCCUGCUUUGUCAAGCCGUUGCUCAAAAGCCACACAAAACAUAGCAACCAACAGCAGGCAUUGGACCAUUUCUACGGCAACCAGGCACACAUUUAUGACACAACGCGCAGUGUGCUUUUGAAAGGCAGGAAAGAAUGUUUGCAGCUCGCCUCUGCUCACUUGCCCGAGGGCAAGGCCGGGUUAGUGUGGGUUGACAUUGGCGGCGGCACAGGCAAAAACAUCGAGAUGAUGAACGAGAUUUUGCCUAUAGCCGAUAGGUUUGCUGCCGUAUACUUGGUCGACUUGUCCCAUGCUUUGUGCGAGGUUGCCCGUGCCCGUUUUGCCAGCCAGGCCUGGGGCGAUAGAGUCCACGUGAUUGAGGCUGACGCCUGUGACUUCACCAUCGACUACAGCCACGCCGACUUGAUCACGUUUUCCUACUCUUUGCUGAUGAUCCCCACGUUCAACGCAGUGGUGGACCAUGCCGUGGGCUUGUUGGACAGAGACUCGGGUGUAGUGGCGUGUGUCGAUUUCGGCAUCCAAAGCAACGACACCACCGUGGGCCGCAUCAACACGCUUGGAGGGCUCGUCAACAGGAAUAUUCCGUGGGUGCUCCGCAACUUCUGGCGCAUCUGGUUCGAAGCGGACCGCGUGUUUUUGGACUCCGCCCGACGCAACUACUUGGAGUACAAGUUCGGCACGCUCAAGUCUUUGAACGCAUACAACAACACGCUCGGCAGAAUCCCAUACUAUGUGUGGAUCGGCUGCCACAAGUCCCGCUCACAUCUGUUGCUUCAUCGCAUCAACUGUCUAGCCACAGAGUCGCCAUACCUUGCGCCCUCUGACGAGACAAUGGACGCGGAGUACUCCAUCUGCGGUCUUUUGGAAGGCCUGUUCCCUGGAGGCUCCCUUGCUGUGAGCAAGGGCCACGAGGCCGCUUUGGCCAACUUCAAGAAAAACUUGCCGUUCCCCUCAAUCUACUACCAGAAGCAGCCAUGGAGAGUGUACUUCGACGAGGUCAACUCGCAGUACCAGCAGUUUCGCAAUCAGUACAUAUACGCGUUCACGUGGGAAGAUCCCAGAGAGGACCACAAGAUCUUGAAGUUCUCCGGCAACGACACCGUGUUGGCCAUCACGUCCGCAGGUGACAACAUCUUGGCGUACGCCAGCUUGCCGGACCCACCACGCAAGAUCCAUGCUGUGGACUUGAACCCAUGUCAGAAUCAUCUACUCGAGUUGAAGUUGGCCUCUUUCAAGGGCUUGUCGCGCGACGAGAUCUGGCAUAUGUUUGGCGAGGGCCGCAUCCGCCAGUUUCGCCAGUUGCUCUUGCAGAAGUUAAGCCCCCACAUGUCGUCCAACACUUUCCAGUACUGGAUGGACAAGGGCGAGAAAACCUUCGACGUCAAGGGGAAGGGACUUUACGACACCGGGUCCACCAGGUGGGCGUUGCGCUUGGCCAGAGCCGUGUUUGCCGUGUUUGGGGCCGGCGCCCACAUCGACGAGCUCUGUGAAUGCACCAACAUGAAGGACCAGAUCCGCAUCUGGAAGACCAAGGUCAAGCCGGCGCUCUUCAACCCGCUUGUGGCCACUCUUCUCAUCGGCAACCCGAUUUUCCUCUGGAAGGCGCUCGGCGUGCCCGCCAACCAGGCGGAAAUGAUGGGCGACUCUGUGUUGAAGUAUGUCGUGGACACGUUGGAGCCCGUGGUGCACCGAUCGUUGCUUUCCUCCGACAACUACUUCUACUACUUGACUUUGAAGGGCAAGUACCACCGCAACAACUGCCCAGAUUACUUGACCGAUAAGGGCCACCGCAAUCUCACAACGACCCGUGAUGACGGCACCGCGCCCAUCGACAACAUUCGUCUCCACACCGACACUUUGAAUGACGUGUUUGCACGGCUUGCACAGAAAUGCAUCACCAUUGCCAUCAUCAUGGACCACAUGGACUGGUUCGACCCGCGUGGCGACGACGCUGAAAAGGAGAUCCGCGCAGUCAAGGAAUGUCUUGUUCCGGGCGGCCGUGUCAUGCUUCGUUCUGCGGCUCAGUAUCCGUGGUACAUCAAGACUUUCGAGAAGUGUGGAUUCAAGUGCAAGCCUGCCGCGAUCCGGCAUCACGGCGAGUCCAUUGACCGCAUCAAUAUGUAUGCGUCCACAUGGGUAUGCACCAAGGAGACGGACAAGACCAGUUGGCCCGGCGACAGCCGGCGCCGCAUGAGCAGUUUGAAGAUCUGA